AUGAAGACCACGCAAGCUUGCGUUCUCCUCUCGCUUACCCUCCUGGGCGAGGCCUGUCUGCUGCCCGGAGAAGCCUCCGGGGCCCGCAUCACCCUGCCGCUGAACUACGAGUCACAACAACACGGGUGCUGCCAUCGGGACGGGCGACCGCAUCGACAGCGGCAAGAAGUUCUCCGGGGCCUCGGAUCCCGGCCCGCCGGCACGAAACUCCCCUCCCUCCUCAAUGUGAAUGAGAUCAAGAGUGCCGUCAAUGAUGUCGUCCAGGAUUAUGACAUUGGUUACUUUGAGUUGCAGUACAAGACGUACCAAAACGCCUCCUUCUUCAACGCAAAGAUCAGCGGCGAAAGGGGGAACUGCAGCGAUCCGCACCACGUGUGCUUUAACGCCGCCAUCCACGCCCGCGAGAGCGGCUCCUCGAACGACAUUACCUACUUCAUCUCCAACCGCGACGUGAAGCACGCCGUGGCGACUGGCAUCGUCUUCGCGUGGUUGAGCAACUCCGACCGAGUGGCGUACGACCAGGCCAUACAUACCUGCUGGUGGAAGAACCGCAACCCGGCCGCUUCAGGGGGCGACCCAGAGGCCAUUGGCAUCGGUUUGAACCUCAAUACCAACUUCCUCUUUGACUUCCCUGAGGAUUUCGCCACCACCGUCGCCCCUAACGUUGCCUUCGUAAACUCUGCUGACGCGACUUACCACGAUGCUAACGCUUUCUCUGAACCAGGAACGAAGAGCAUUAAAUGGGUGGUGGACGAGUACGAGAGAGAAACGUUAUCGGACGAGGGCGUCUACGGCGAGUAUAUUCCCAACAGCGACUGGCCUGAAGAGAUGUUUGCCGCCGCGCGGUUGGGCCACGUCAUGGACGCCGUCGUCGAUCGUCCCUACGAGGUUGAGCAGAGUUCGUACCUAUACCCAACUUCGGGUACCAGCGACCACUUCGCCAACUCCCGUCACUUUACGGACGCCUGGCUCGGCAAGAUCCACAGCUUCGUGCUCAAGUUUGGCUCUUGUAAUGAGGGGGUGGACUGUUCGUUUUACCCGACGCCCGACCAGUCAUUUCAACAUGAACCUGCUCGCCGCGUCCGGAAUUGGCGUUGGCAAAUCGAAUAA